AUGAAAGUCGUCAUCACCCAUUGGGUCCAUGAAGAAGUCACAACAUUUCUGGGAUCGUUCGCGCAGGUCAAGGCACCCACAACGCCUGGCCAAGUAUGGCCUCAAGACAGAGUCCUCCUGGAAGCAGCGGAUGCAGACGCAGUAAUUACAUGCAUGGCCGACAGCGUCAACGAAGCAUUUCUAAAAGCCUGUCCAAAUCUCAAGAUCAUUGCUGCCACUUUGAAAGGAUACGACAACUACGACGUUGAAGCCUGCAAGCAACACAAUGUUCAGUUAACUAUCGUCCCGGACAUCAUAAUUCCCCCGACGGCAGAGCUCGCGGUAUCUCUAGCGCUGGGUAUCAUUCGGAAUGUUCGACAAGGUGACGAGACAGUUCGAUCCGGUAACUUCACUGCAUGGAGGCCACUGCAUUAUGGGAUGAGUCUAUCUGGUGCCGUGGUCGGCUUCGUCGGAAUGGGUAAUCUCGGACAGGCUAUAGCCCGCCUUCUGAGCCCGUUUGGCGUGUCUGAAAUGGCUUACUACGAUCAAAGUGAGCGGCAUACACCUGAGGGCUGGUCAGGUCCUGCCUGGAAACGGGCAGGCUUGCAGACUCUUCUAAGCAGCUGCGAUCUGAUCAUCGUUUCGUUGCCUCUGCUCCCUUCCACUCAACAUCUACUGGACAGCAAGGCUUUGGAAAGUCUUCGUCCGGGGGCAUACAUAGUCAACAUUGGCCGAGGGUCAGUCGUUGAUGAGAAUGGAAUACUGGACGCGCUCAACUCAGGAAGGCUUUCAGGUUAUGCUGCGGAUGUGUUUGAGUUCGAAGACUGGGCGCUUGCUUCGCGGCCAAAAGACAUUCCUCAAGCUUUACGACAACACCCGCGAACUCUAUUCACGCCACACCUUGGAUCAGCAGUCGAUAACGUCAGAAAAGAGAUGUCAAUGAAGGCGGCUGAGCAGGUUCGGUCGUUGUUGGCGGCUGAGGUGCCUGAGUUCGCGGUUAAUCAGGUGAAGCAGGUCUAA